GAUAGAUAGAUAGUGAAGGGAACUCGAGCUAUUGUCGAAUGUUCAAGUGGGAGGGAACAAACCAGCUCAGAAGUGAGAAGUCAGAACUAAACAAAUCGAGAACGAGAAGAUAGUAAUAGACCUUUCUUCGACGAUGGCGCUUCGUCUUCCUUGGCUGCCGUCGACGCUGUCGGGUGACCAACACUGCCGAACAGCUCUCUCGCUGCAAAUACCUUUCCAAACGAAGCUCUCCUUCUCGACAUCGUCUAUUUCUCCUGGACCUGGUCUAGACUUUCUUCCCAACACAACGAAAACAUCAACAACAGGGAGGAGGAGAACAAAUCUUAUCUCGUGUGCAACCGAACAGCAAGAUUCCCCUUUAGCAUCAACUUCUACAGUUACGGUAGAAAGCCCUGUAUCUGGAGCCGAUGGUGAAAGUGUUAUCCAAACGAGAUUGAUUGCGCAGAACGUACCCUGGACCUGCACUUCUGAAGAUAUCCGCAACCUGUUCGAGAAGCAUGGGACAGUUGAAGACGUCGAGCUCUCCAUGCAUAACAAAACCAGAAACAGAGGAUUGGCAUUUGUUACCAUGGGUUCCGAGGAGGAGGCUCUUGCAGCUCUCACUAAUCUCGAAGCGCAGGAAUUCCAGGGACGUGUCUUAAAGGUGAAUUAUGCCAAAUCAUUGAAGAAGAAACCUUCUGUGCGACCGGAGCCCGUGAUAAAACAUAAUGUGUUUGUUGGGAAUUUGUCUUGGAGGGUAAGGUCUAGAGACCUUAGAGAGUUCUUUGGUUCCGGAACUGGUAAUGUUGUCUCGGCAGAAGUAAUAUUUCAGAGUAACCCCAGAAAGUCCACUGGAUAUGGAUUCGUUUCCUUCAGUUCCCCGGAGGAAGCAGAGGCAGCUAUUUCUGCUUUCAGUGGCAAGAAAUUGAUGGGAAGACCAGUUCGUUUGGCACUUAGUAAAAGAGAUUUGAAAGGACAAUCAGAAGUGGGCAACCAAGUUGAAGAAAUGUCAAAUGAGGUGAAUGGUGAUGGGGAGCUGUCAGACAACUCUGAUGAAAUGUGAAGAUUCACAUUUGGAUUUUGGAGGUGAGACUCCUCUUCCUUCACUAUUAUUUUCUUCGCAGGUAAAGCAACUUCGGCCCCAACCCUCCAAUAAGAAAAGCUAUACAACCUCCAGUUCGUUUUAAGACAAUUAGAUUAUGGACUCAAGUCAAUCUUGUAUCUUGGAUCUGUGGCAACUGAUAAAUGCAUAUGAGUUGCCCAAAGUUUUAAUCUGUUACUAAUGUUGUCAUUUUACCUGUAUUGAAUAUGCAAUAUUCUUUUGAACUGAAAAGUAUCCCUCUCUUUUCCUA